UUUUCCGGGUCACGGGCGCGAGCGGAUGCCGGCUGAGGAAAGAGAAGCACGUUGUGAACAGCCCGAGGUGGGCACUGCACUUCCCGGAGCUUCCAGGCCGGGGUCGGUGCCCGUCGUGUCCGGGCGGGAGGAGGGUAAACGCGGGGCGGAGCGAAGUCUCGCGAGAUCUAGUGGUAGCUGCAGCGGCGGCGGCAGCGGCGGCGGUGUCGGUGGCCCGAGGUUCAUAAUAAAGGUGCUAAGAAAGAGAAUGUAAGACAGGAAAAUAAAUAUUUUUACUGAGGAACUUGUGGAGACCAGAAGAGGACAAAAAGUGUAGGAACCUGUGAAGACCAGAAGAGGGCAGAUCUCUGCAAAAGCAUCUCUACAGCAGGCUGUGUAGAAGAGGUGUCUCAUACUUCCUGUUGCCAGUGGCUGGAACACAAUGGAGCACACAGGGGCCAUAGACACAGAGGAAGAGCUGGGGCCUCUAGCCCACCUUGCACCAAGUCCUCAAAGUGAGGCUGUGGCUCAUGAAUUCCAGGAACUCUCUCUACAGUCCAGCCAGCACUUACCCCCUCUGAACGAGCGGAAGAAUGGAAGUGUAGUCUUUGGGGAGUCAGGACUCCAGCUUCCACUGCCGGCUCAGUCUGUGAGCACAGUGCUCCAGCUGAGGCUGCAACAAAGGAGGACAAGAGAACAACUAGUGGACCAGGGCAUCAUGCCACCUCUAAAGAGUCCAGCAGCAUUCCAUGAGCAGAUAAAAAGCCUGGAGCGAGCCAGAACUGAAAACUUUCUGAAGCACAAGAUCCGGAGCCGCCCGGACCGCUCCGAGCUGGUCAGGAUGCACAUUUUAGAAGAAACGUUUGCAGAACCGUCUCUUCAGGCCACACAGAUGAAGCUGAAAAGAGCUCGGCUGGCAGAUGACCUGAACGAGAAGAUUGCUCAAAGGCCUGGUCCGAUGGAGCUAGUAGAGAAGAACAUCCUUCCUGUGGACUCAAGUGUCAAGGAAGCAAUUAUAGGCGUGGUGAAGGAGGACUAUCCCCACACUCAUGGUGAGUUCUCAUUUGAUGAAGAUAGCAGUGACGCUUUGUCUCCAGACCAGCCAGCAAGCCAGGAGUCUCAGGGCUCAGUUGCAUCCCCCAGUGAGCCAAAAGUCAGUGCCUCGCCACCUCCUGUAACUGCAAACACUCCGGCCCAGUUUACCUCAGUGUCCCCAGCAGUUCCUGAAUUCUUGAAAACCCCUCUAACUGCGGACCAGCCUCCCAUGAGGUCUACAGCUCCUGUCCUCCCUACAAACACUGUGUCCUCAGUGAAGCCUGGCCCAACACUGGUGAAGCAAAGCCAUCCCAAGAAUCCAAACGACAAACACCGCAGCAAAAAAUGCAAAGAUCCGAAACCCCGAGUGAAGAAGCUGAAGUACCACCAGUACAUUCCACCCAACCAGAAAGGGGAGAAGAAUGAGCCACAGAUGGACUCCAACUAUGCCCGCCUGCUCCAGCAGCAGCAGCUCUUCCUGCAGCUGCAGAUCCUGAGCCAGCAGCAGCAGCAGCAGCAGCAGCACUACAACUACCAGACCAUCCUGCCGGCACCCAUCAAAAAUGACAAGAACAACAGUAGUAGCACAAGUGCAGCUGCGAGGAAGCCAGGACCUCUGCCUUCUAGUUUGGAUGACUUAAAGGUGUCAGAACUGAAGACAGAGCUCAAACUGAGGGGUCUGCCAGUGUCAGGCACUAAGCCAGACCUCAUCGAACGCCUGAAACCCUACCAGGAAGUAACCAGUAGUGGCCUUGCCACUGGCAGUAUUGUGGCAGUGUCGUCAGCAGCUAUUAUCAGCAGUAACCCAGAGGUCACAGUGGCAUUGCCGGUCACAACACUACAUAAUGCCGUGACUAGCUCGGUAUCUACUUUCAAGGCAGAUUUGCCGCCUUCUGGACCCAGCAGUGUGCCCCACGUUGUUGAAAAUGCACAGUCCCCUCUGCCCAUCUCGCCCUCACCCUCCGAGCAGUCCAGUCUCAGUACUGACGACACAAACAUGGCAGACACCUUCACAGAGAUCAUGACCAUGAUGUCCCCUUCCCAGUUCCUGUGCUCAUCUCCCUUAAGGGCAGCAAGCCAUGAGGACAGCCUGAGUCCCACCAGUAGUACCCUAUCGACCCUAGAACUGGAUGCUGCUGAGAAGGACCGUAAGCUUCAGGAGAAGGAAAAGCAGAUUGAAGAGCUGAAGAAGAAACUGGAACAAGAACAGAAGCUUGUGGAGGUCCUCAAGAUGCAGCUUGAGGUGGAAAAGCGUGGGCAGCAGCGGCCACCAGACCCCCAGCCCAGUGGCCCCCCACAUCCCUUCAGUACAUCAGAGCAGAAACACGGCAGUGCUGCAUCCUCCAUCAAGGAUGAGGCUUCACUCCCUGACUGCUCCAGCCCUCAGCAGCCCAUCCCAGUACCUGGCCACUCUGUAGGCCAGCCCAUCUGCACAGGUAGCCAGACCCUUGUUGCCAAAAAGGCUGUGGUCAUCAAGCAGGAGGUCCCCGUGGCCCAAGCAGAGCAGCAGAAUGUCGUCUCGCAGUUUUACUUGAGUUCCCAGGGACAGCCACCUGCCCUUGUUGCUCAGCCUCAGGCCUUAUUGACCACACAGACCACUCAGCUGCUGCUGCCAUUGUCCAUCCAGGGCUCGAAUGUUACUUCAGUGCAACUCCCAGUGGGCAACCUCCAACUCCAGACCCCAGCACAAGGAGGAGCCCAGGCUCAGCCUCAGGUAGCUGCUGCCACACAGAUUCCAGCUGCAGCCUUGGCCCCAGCACUGCCUCAGAAGCAGGAAGCCUUCCCACAGCACGUGCUGGGCCAGCCUCAACAAGUCUUCACAAACUCGGCACCGAGCACAGUUCUUCAGUAUCAGAGGCAGCCCCCAACGACCCAGCAGCCCUUCAUCAGUAAGACCUCCAACCCUAUUCUUCAAUCUAGAAGCACCCCACUUGCACCCCUGAAAAAUGGACCCAGCCCAGCCAGCAAGCCGAGCUCACCACCCCCACCCCAGCAGUUUGUUGUCCAGCACUCUUUGUUUGGGGCCCCAGUCACCAAGACAAAAGACCCACCUCGCUACGAGGAAGCCAUCAAGCAGACACGAAGCACCCAGCCAGCCCUUCCAGAGGUCUCCAACGUGCACAGUCAGCAGAUGGACGACCUCUUCGACAUCCUCAUAAAGAGCGGAGAGAUCUCCUUCCCAAUAAAAGAAGAACCUUCUCCAAUUUCCAAGAUGAAACCAGUGACAGCCAGCAUCACCACAAUGCCAGUCAGUACUGUGGUGUCUCGACCACCGCCCCAGGUCCAGAUAGCACCACCUGCAUCCUUAGAACCUGUGAACAGUCUGUCCGCCAGCUUAGAAAACCAACUAGAAGCCUUCUUGGAUGGAGCUUUACCCCCGGCCAGUGACACUGCCCCAGUGCAGAGCGGCGGUGACGACAGAGGGCCUUUCUCUCUGAUAGAGGAUCUGCAGAAUGACUUGCUGAGCCACUCCAGCAUGCUGUACCACUCCCAUUCUCCCAUGGAGACCUCCGAGACCCCGCUGGUGGCAGGGACCCCCUGUCUGUCUCUCGACCUGUCAGACUCCAACCUGGACAACAUGGAAUGGCUAGACAUUACCAUGCCCACCACGUCCUCCGGGCUCACUCCUCUGAGCACCACCGCACCAAGCAUGUUCUCUGCUGAUUUUCUGGACCCCCAGGAUCUGCCACUCCCAUGGGACUAAGGUCACAGGUCACAUGUCUCAGAGCUCAUGAGGUUUCAAAACAUGAAAACAAUCCUGAAAGGUCAGUGCUUAGAGCUAUAGUUAGAGCUGCACUGUUGAAAUUAAAAUAUGUUGUCUCAGAUAAAAAGGAAAGUCACAGCCUGGAAGCCAGUGUGAGACACGUCAUGCGUCUAGCAGUGACUCCACAACUUACAGAGAGGCCUGUUGCAUGCAGGAGGCCUUAUCUAAGCCAAAGGUCAGGCACCAUCCACAGGAAGUGGCACUAGGGCUCAGGUCCUCAACUACCUUUCACCCUCUGUGGUUACCUCAUGGCCCUAAGGAGAGACAAGCAGCUCCACUUGAAACACAGGCCACCAGGGAGGGGAGAAGCCGCCGCCCAUGUGCUCCCUCGAGUGGCCUGACUGGGCUACAGCAAGGUCAGAAGCACUGCACAGGCUGGGCAGCCAGCAGCGGCAGCUUCUACUGGAGGCUCCAAGUUCCACUUUGAAAUCUUCGUGGCUGUGUGAUGUCAUAGGUCAUUUUGUGAGUUUGGGAAUCUAAAUGAAUAACAGCCUCUCACCACGAGCACAUGACUAUAUAAAAAACUGUCACCCACGAGCCCAGUGCGCAGAGUCCAGAUACAGUGAUGGUGCCACAGCUUCCCCAGUGGCCUCACUCAGGUGCGUGAGGUUGGUCCUGUGAUGUUAGACAUUGGAAUGUGCUUUGACCUUGUGACCUCUACAGCCUGAGAUAAGAGUAAAAAGAUGGGCAUCCACUGGUCCUACUUGUUGUAUUAACUAAGAUAUCGCUAGAGUACCUGAGCCACAGUGUCUCCAUCUUUGAAGACUUGCUAACAGACUCUUUCUGGUGACCAUGCCCAUCUCAAAGAACCAAAAAAGGCUUCAGUAUGAAAUUCCUUCUCAAGCUAGAGAGUUAGAAGAAUGGAAGGUGUGGGGUGUCUUUCAGACUCUAGGACACCUUGAGCACAGGUUAGACCAUCCCUCUGUCAUUAGAUCCCUGGUUCUCAUUACAUAGGCUUGUAACUGGAUGCCCUGCCUGUUCUCAGUGUGUCUUCAAGCCUAUGCCUAAAACUGGAGGUUUUAUUCCUUUUUCUCUUGAUUUAGAAUGGAAAUCUAAAUCUACAUUUGUCAAGUAAUUUAAGAAUUUUUCUAAAAUGCCAACUGCCACGGAAUUUCCACAACUCUUGAUCUAGUUAUUUAGUUAUUGGCAAUUUGUAAAUAACCGACCAGAGUAUAGAAUUUGUAUUAAAUGACAGCUUUAUCCCGUCCCCUUCCCCCCCUUUAACCUGAGCCAGGUGGGUUUCCUACAUCAAUACAUAUGCCUGUUCCACAGCACAUUGAGGAAGUAGCCUGCCCCAUCAUCUAGAGAGAACCUGAAUCAUUGCUAAGGCAGUUUUGCCCCAAAGUGAUCAAAAUGGCCCCUUUUCCUGGUUUUAGCCCUCUGUGAGCAGAACUCCCUCGCUUCAACACUCUGAUAGCUGGAUAUUCUCCUCCGACCAAGCCUCCUGAGAGCGCUCUCAUAGGACAUGAUAUAACCGAGGUGGUUCUGCUUCACAGUUGCUUGUGUUCCAGCACCAGCUGGGGACCUGGGAAGGUAGUUUCUCCUUGGGAAUUUCAGCUCUAUUUUGGUGGAGAGCUUUAGUCCUCUUUCUCCCCAGCUUUGAGUGUCCAAUUAUAGUACCAAGAAUCAGUGGAUGGCACCCGGUAGGUGGCAGGCAAUCAGCCAAGAGGAGUCCCCAUCUCAUCUGCGGCCUCAGCUGUUCCCACGGUGGCUAGUCUCCGGACCUCUUGCUGGUAGGAGGCUGAGGACUUGGGUACCACCAAGCCUUGCAGAGAAAGUGGCCGAGAGCGACUAUUGCAGCCGGCUAGCACAGCAGCCAGGUCAAGGCCAGCAAAUGCAAGCAGCCUCACUUGCCUCUGUUUGUCAUCCCACACAACACUGAGGAUGUCACAUGCACAGGGACCCACUGCCCCGGGGACAGCUAGCCACAGGUUAUCCCAGCACACUAACUGGAAGGCCAGGUUUAUCCAGAAGCAGUGCUCAUGCUCACAGAAGGUUUCUUUGGAGAGCAUCAUUCUCAACAUUCAGCUAGUUGGGAUAUUUCUGACAAAACUGGAAAGUAGCACUUGAGAUGUAGUCAUUUUUGUUUCCUGGUUCAACCUUCAAUCUCUUCUUCAUUUAAGAGCCUGUGGGCUCCAUUUUUACUUGUCCAGUAAAAAUGACUGUCAGGGAGCAGGUCACCUUUUCUGCCACUCACCCUCUCACAGUACCUGAGGUGUUCCCGUUUCUUUCGCUUAAGGCUUAUACACAUGUUUACAAGAAGCUUUUACCUUCCACUCAGACCCACUGCUUUGGGGAGUGGAGGUGUCACAGGCUCAUGACAGCAGCUUGGCUAUCUCAGAUUUACUGGGUGCUGUCUGGAAUCCCAGGAUGGCAUGUCAUCAGAGACAUCAGCAGUGAAACGAAACUUUAUGUUAACACCCAAGACAAAGCUUUAGCGAGUGGCUAGACUUCCUGGAAAACAGCCAGUUAAGUUACCUCUGCAUUCUGCUGUGAGGAACCCAUCCAGUGGCAGAAGACAAAGGCUUAGGAAAGGGUUCAGUAUCCAUCAAAGUUACUUGACCUCAAGAAAUCAAUAGUAAUCCAAAAUGCUUAAAAGGAACCAAAGGCAUCACCAGGUAUUUGCCAAAAGCAGCCACUUUUUAUUUAAAUUGAGAGUAAUGUGAUCUCAAGUCAGUCCCAAAAAGAUAUCCAUCUAAAGUUAUGAUAUUCAAGAGAUGUAGAUAUUUCUUUCUUGUCUUCCUGUAAAAUACUAUGGAGCUGUUGUUGGUGUAAGAGUAACAUACUUGGUAGUCAUGCAAAGCUGUGCUCUUCCCUAUCAUGGUUAGCCCUCUGUUGCUUGUUGUGUUUCUCUUCCUCACAUAAUGUCUUAGCAUCUCACCUCCUGAAAAGACAGGAGAAAAGCACCAGUGGGCAGUGCCAUGCGUGUUGAAGCACUUGUUUAAUGAACAGGAAAUCAUGGCAAUUGGGGGUCCAUUCGUGUGUUGCCUUUAUGUUGUUUUUAAAAGAAAAACCAUGAUGCCUUUGUACCUGCUGUUUGCACCCCUGACUCAAUUCUGUACUGUGUCUGAAUGCCAUACGUUUGCACAUGUACUGUACAUAGGCAAUGCAGACUGUAUUUUUAUAUGUGUGCGCAUUUAUCAUCUUUUGUACAUAGUGACAGUAUUGUAGCUGAUUGGGAAAUGUUUGAUAUCUCAGCGAUUUUGCAUUUUUGUGUCUCAAAUAAAAACAUUUUGAUGUACCAUGA